AUGCCAUUUGACAAUCAUUCAACUAUAAUAACCAACAUUGAAUCAUGGUUUAUUCCUUUUGACAUUCUUAUGAUUGUGUGUACUGUCUUGGCCAUCGCAUUAGCAUUGAUUUUUUUAUUAACUAUUACUCUUGAUAAAACAUGUCACACAGUACCAAUGAUGCUCGUUGCAAAUUCAUGUUUAGCUGAAGUCAUAUUUGGAAGUGAUGUGCUUGGUAUGGCUUUGUUUACAUUUCAAAAUGAUCUUCAUCAAAUUCAAUAUCAAGAUUCACUUUGUAUCUUUCGAGGCUUUUUGGGUUAUGUAGUAACUAUUUUACAAAAUUAUUCUUAUCUAUUACAAGCUAUCUAUCGAUAUAUCACUGUUGUUUAUCCAACUCGUUUAUUUUGGCAAUCAGUUCGAUUUCAAGUUUGUCUUAUACCUGCGACAUGGAUUUUUGGCUUUGUAUGUCCUUUACCAUAUAUACUUAAUCAUGAAAUCAAGUAUAAUAUCAACAAUCAAAUAUGUCAAAUGCCUCUUCAACUUUCUUUCUUAGCAAUUUAUAAUGCGCUAUGUGUCUAUAUGAUUCCUGUCUCAUUAGUUAUGCUAAUCUAUUUCAAAUUAAUUCGAUAUGUUCAAGAUAUGAGUAAACAUGUUAUACCGACUAAUACAUUAUAUCGAGCACAAAGAGAAUUAAAAAUGGUUCGUCGAAUAAUGAUUCUUGUCAUGGGUAUUGUUACGAUUGGUUUUCCUUUUGCAUUAUUUAUUUUUAUAUCAUUUUUUACCACACCACCAAAUAUCAUUUUCGAAUUGCAUACAUAUUUGUUGAUACAUCAUUGGCAUUUGUAA